CUUGCAGGGAGAAGGGAACUAUCAAGGGGACAGCGGAGAAAAGGAAGGAGCAACAUGGCCCCAGAGGAAAAGCCAACAGAGAAUCCAGCAAAGAGAGCCAUCAAAAAGAUACGGACAGCUACUCUGGUGGUUAGUCUAGCCCGAGGAUGGCAACAAUGGGCCAACGAGAACAGCACAAAGCAAGCCCAAGAGCCUUCUGGCUGGCUGCCCAAUGCGGAGAAGGAGUCCAGCAAGCUGCCCAGAGAAAGUCCCUGGAGGAAACCAUCCCUUCCCACCAAUGGAGGACCAGAGGAAAGCGGGAGAAGGGCCCAGCCAGAGACACCUGUCGCUAAUGGAGCUAGAUGCUCCCUGGAUGGUGCCUCUGAAAGAACCGGGGAAUCCCUUAUCAAAAGGAAGGAGGUGGCCAAGACAGUUGUCCACAAAGUCUAUGAAAGAGGAAGAGAUGUGAGUCUCCUCAGCCACAGGUAUGAAAAUGAUGGGACCAACCUGGACGCUUGUCAGCAGGAGGGAGACUUCAGUGAUGUUGAUAAAAUCCUUAAAGACCACACAUCACCAACCAGGAGGAGGAAGUGCUCUAACUUGGUGGUGGAACUGACCAAAGGCUGGAAAGAGAUGGAACAAGAAGAGUGGAGAUUGGAACCAGAGGAGACCAACUGGCGCAGCAAUAGCGUGGACACAGAAGACAGUGGCUACAGUGGAGAGGGUGAAGACAGAGUGGAACAGGAAGAGAACCACCAAGUGAUAGCCACAAGGAUUAAGCGGCCCAUGUCCACCCAUACGAGCAGGUUUGCUGAGAAGAUUCACAGCCAAGCCCAGAGAAAGUCUGGCCCCGUGAACAACUUGAGAGGCAAGUGGCAGCAGUGGUCCGAUGAGCACCUGCAGUCGCAGAGGCUGAAUCCAUUCAGUGAAGAAUUUGACUACCAGCUGGCCAUGUCCACCCGCCUCCACAAGGGAGACGCGGGCUACGGCCGACCCAAGGAGGGGACCAAGACGGCCGAGAGGGCCAAGCGGGCAGAGCAACACAUCUACCGAGAGAUCAUGGACCUGUGCUUUGUGAUCAGGACCAUGGCUCACAAGAGGAGGGAUGGCAAGAUCCAGGUCACUUUCGGAGAGAUCUUCGACCGCUAUGUGCGGAUUUCGGACAAGGUGGUGGGCAUCCUGAUGCGAGCCAGGAAACACGGACUGGUGGACUUUGAGGGGGAAAUGUUGUGGCAAGGCAGAGAUGAUGAUGUUGUGAUCACUCUGCUCGAGUGAUCGGGUGCAGAAGCCCAAGAGUCCCUCAAUCUGCCUACUUCUGAGGGCUGGUGCCCAGCAGAUGCUAAGAAAAACCAAUAUCACCCUGCACCUCAAAACCGUCAGACUGACCAUGCAUCAGUUCCCGGAAUCUGCUAUCAUUUAUUUCCCUCAGUCUGGUACUGUGCAAACCAGCCCCGGGGCUAGGGAUGGUGAGUGUCUUCUAUCCGAUAGGAAUCACACCCCGAACUUAGGGAUUCAUAUUAGACAUCGGAGCAGAAGAGAUGGAUCAAGCUAAAACUCUAAAUAGUCUUAAGUAAUGUCUGGGCUCCUGAAAACAUGUAGGAUAGGUAGUGGGGCAUUCAUAUAUGAACUGAAGAAUAAUGAUAAUACAAAAAUGUUAUUCAAAUAAUAAAAAUGUAUGUAUGGAGUG